GGGCACAGUGAAGUUAUCACACGUGUGGACGUAAGGGUAGUACUCGCUCGGGGUGUUGUGUAAAAUUUUAACAUGGACGGCUUUGGAUCAGAUUUUUCCUCUGGUGCUGGUUCCGGCAAAAUGGAUAACAGUACCAUUAUGGAACAAGUAAAAGUACAGAUUGCAGUGGCUAAUGCACAAGAGCUCUUGCAGAGAAUGACAGACAAGUGCUUCAAGAAAUGCAUAGGCAAACCUGGUGGGACUUUGGAUAAUUCAGAACAGAAAUGUAUAGCCAUGUGCAUGGACCGAUACAUGGAUGCAUGGAACACAGUAUCCCGGACCUAUAACUCCAGACUACAGAAGGAAAGGGCGCGCAUGUGAAGGUCAUCCGUUGGUCAUCCACCAGUCAGCCAAACCUCAGUCUUGCCAAACCUGUGGGUGAAGAUGCCUGGUCUGCAGGUGCUAAAUGACUUGCUAUUGUCACAUUGGACCAGAAUCUGAAAUAAAGGAUGUCUGGAGAAUUCAGAUCUUAAGUCAAAAAAGUUUGCCAGUGGAAGCCCCCACCCCACCCCCCAUCACACACACACAAAAAAAAACUAUGCAUGUCUUCAGACACAAUUCUGAAAUCAUGUCUUAUAUCCGUCUGUUUAGCCCUGUGCACUGAUCCCAUUCCUAAUAUGGAUUUCCAUGUGCCUAUUCAUUAGCUUACCACUGAUUGUGUGCAGGUGCAACUCCUCUCCCUAAGGGACAAGGGUGCUUGACGGGCUCACCUUACCUCCUGUAUUCAGAAACCGGCUCUCAUUCACACUGAAGUUAUUUAGGAACUUUGUUUUCAUAACUGUGUCCACGGAACAGCCCACCGCCAUGAUACCUUUGUAGAACAAACUCUAAUUGUCAGACUCGUUUCCCCCCCUCUGUCACAGUAUCUGCCCACCACAGUAGUGGGUCUGUUUGAAAACCCUCUACUGUACCCACAGGCUCUGGCUGGCUUUGUCUAUGGCCAAGUCAGAUUUCUGGGAACCUCUCUCCUCCAUUCAUCUCUGUGGGAUUGUGGGGGACAGAAAUGGCGUGUGAAUUGUGACACAUGGAUGCUCAGAGGAACUGGUCUGAUUUUGUAAAUCCGCAAGGUGGCAAUAUCUAACAAUGUGAUGUGCAUCUGUAUAUUAACUGUUGUAUGAGCCUGUAUAUGGACUGAAGUUUCUUAGAGUUGUGGAAAUAGUCAAAUAAAAAUAUAUUUACACAGGUCUCAGUAAAA